GACCACUGCCCCCAAUCUCCCAGCCCAACUGUCAGGAAGCAAUUAUCAAGAACAUCGAAGCCCCAAUCGUCAGAGCCAAGCAUCCAAAUCAAUUUCUCCACAUCAGAUUCAGAUGGAUUGAUAGUUCGACACUCCCAACUAUUCUUGUUUCCUUCCUGACCCAAUGGCCGCCAUCGACUUACGCUUCCAUCUCCAUCCAGCCGCCUUCUCCUCUGUCCACCCGUCCAAUUCAAGCGCCAAACCGCACCGCCAUUGCCCACCUCAGAGGGUCCAUGCUGCAGGAAGAAGGUGCCUCCUCAGGGCGAAGUCUUCAAACGGGCACCCGCAGAUCGGGGCCUCCUUCAGCGAUGGGGUGCUAGAUGCUAAGCCGUCUGGAGCUGGAGGCCCGGCGCCGGAGCAGGGAGAGCACACCGUCAGCAUCACGGUCGUCGGAGCCUCCGGGGAUCUCGCCAAGAAGAAGAUCUUCCCGGCUCUCUUCGCCUUGUUCUACGAGGACUGGCUCCCCGAGCAUUUUACAAUCUUUGGUUAUGCUCGUAGCAAAAUGAGCGAUGAAGAGCUCAGGAACAUAAUUAGCAUGACCCUAACCUGCCGGAUUGAUCAGAGGGCGAACUGCAGUGAGAAGAUGGAUAAAUUUCUGAAGAGAUGCUUCUAUCAGUCCGGACAGUACAACUCAGAGGAGGGAUUUCACGAAUUGGAUAGAAAGCUUACAGAAAAAGAGGCUGGGAAGCUACCAAACAGGCUGUUCUACUUGUCUAUCCCACCAAAUAUAUUCGUGGACGUGGUAAGAUCUGCCAGCCGUACCGCGUCAUUGCCGAGUGGGAGUGGCUGGACGAGGUUUAUAGUGGAGAAGCCAUUUGGCCGCGAUUCUGAGUCCUCGGGGGAGCUUACCCGAUCCCUGAAGAUGUAUUUAGAGGAGGAGCAAAUCUUCAGGAUUGACCAUUAUCUGGGCAAGGAGCUGGUGGAAAACCUGUCGGUCCUCCGUUUCUCCAACCUUGUGUUCCAGCCACUCUGGUCGAGGGACUACAUUCGGAAUGUGCAGCUCAUAUUCUCCGAAGACUUCGGCACCGAGGGUCGAGGCGGCUACUUCGACAACUACGGCAUCAUCCGGGACAUCAUGCAGAACCACUUGCUGCAGAUACUGGCCCUGUUCGCCAUGGAGACUCCGGUCAGCCUCGCCGCCGAGGACAUUCGCAACGAGAAGGUGAAAGUGUUGCGAUCGAUGAGGAAGCUGAAGCUGGAGGACGUGGUGGUGGGGCAGUACAAGGGGCACACGCGGGGCGGGAAGUCGUUCCCGGCGUACGUGGACGACCCGACGGUGCCCAACGACAGCGUGACCCCGACCUUCGCGGCGGCGGCGCUCUUCAUCGACAACGCGCGGUGGGACGGGGUGCCGUUCCUGAUGAAGGCCGGCAAGGCGCUGCACACGCGGCGCGCGGAGAUCAGGGUGCAGUUCCGGCGCGUGCCCGGGAACCUCUACCGGGGGAACGUGGGCACGGACCUGGACAUGGCCACCAACGAGCUGGUGCUCCGGGUGCAGCCCGACGAGGCCAUCUACCUCAAGAUCAACAACAAGGUGCCCGGGCUCGGGAUGAGGCUCGACAGCAGCAACCUCAACCUCUUCUACUCGGAGCGGUACCAGCGGGAGAUACCGGACGCGUACGAGCGGCUCCUCCUGGACGCCAUGGAGGGGGAGCGCCGGCUCUUCAUCCGGAGCGACGAGCUCGACGCGGCCUGGGCCAUCUUCACGCCCGUGCUCAGGGAGCUGGAGGAGAAGAGGGUGGCGCCGGAGCUCUACCCGUACGGCAGCCGGGGCCCCGUCGGCGCGCACUACCUCGCCGCCAACUACAACGUCAGGUGGGGGGACAUCAGCAGCGACGGAUCCUUCUAGCUAGCAAGCUCUGCCUAUCUGCUAAGGCGCCGGUUGGCUUGAUUACGAGUUUACGACUGCCAUCAAGUGACAGCCAAUUUUACUCAGACUCCUCAGACUCAAUCAAGCCGUGAGGAACAGGAGAAGCUCAUAUUGCAAUCGUUUUGUCUUCUGCCUAA